AUGAGCGGCUCCGGCUCCGUCCCGGCCACGCCGGACAGCGUAACCGAUGGCACUCGGGAGCUUGCCAUGCAGGCGUCGCCAUACUCGGAAGACUCGUCAGUGGCCGGCACGCCCAACGGCGACGAAGUGGGCGACUCCCCCAAGCGACUUCCGUCAUUGAACACUUUUGCCGACCCCCGGAACAUGAACCCCAGCUCGACUGCCCUGGGCAUCUUGGGCAAGGCGAGGCAUCCCCCGCAGCCAACCUCCUCAUUCGUCGGGGGCGUUGGGGCCAUGGAAAACAGCGUCAUGGCCAAGGCGCGCGCUCUGCAUCAGCAGCGGAUGCAAAAGGGCAUGGCCGCGUCAGGCAGCUCGCCCGUCUCACCGAUGCCCUCGCCGGGAGCUGCUGGAGUAGCCGGCUUCCCUAACCUGCGCAUGCCCCCAGCCAUGCAGCGCCCCGGUGCCGUGCCGCACCCUAGAUCCGCCCCCGUCAUCCCGAAACCGUCUCUUAGUGAAAGACGAGCCAACAUGGGCAUGGGGAUGAAGCUCUCGGACAUUGGCGGUGGCGGCAACGCCAGUCCUACAGGUGGACUGCGCCGAGCCGGUGCUCCCUCGCUCGCGGGGAUUUCUGUAAAUGGCCCGAGCGUUCCCAACGGCAAACCCUCGCUGGGAUCUCAGCUGGACGACUUCAAGAAGUACAUUGAUGCGGAGAAGGGCUGGAUCACGUUUGACGGUGCUGCCACGAUUACUCGUACGGGAGUCGAAUUCACCAACGGCCAGACCUUCAGCAUAUCCCUCGAUGAGGUGGAGAUUCUGGACGAGCUCGGCAAGGGCAACUACGGCACGGUGUACAAGGUCAAGCAUGCGAAGCCGGCCGUGCCGCGCUUUGGGCAAGGAUUGUCCGGAGCCAAGCUGGCACCGCAUCCGCACCGCAGUCAAUCGGACUCGGCGGUCCUGGACGCCGCCUCGCUUGACGGCCGGACCGGCAAGAUCAUGGCCAUGAAGGAAAUUCGACUCGAGCUCGACGACGCCAAGUUCACCACCAUCCUCAAGGAGCUAGUCAUUCUCCACGAGUGCGUGUCUCCCUACAUCAUCGACUUCUAUGGAGCCUUCUUCCAAGAAGGCGCGGUGUACAUGUGCAUUGAGUACAUGGACGGCGGCUCCAUCGACAAACUCUACGCCGGCGGCAUACCCGAAAACGUGCUCAAGAAGAUCACCUUCUCGGCCAUCAUGGGCCUCAAGUCGCUCAAGGACGAGCACAACAUCAUCCACCGCGACGUGAAGCCGACGAACAUCCUGGCCAACACGCGCGGCCAGGUCAAGAUUUGCGACUUUGGCGUCAGCGGAAACCUCGUGGCCAGCAUAGCGAAAACAAACAUUGGAUGCCAGAGCUACAUGGCUCCUGAGCGGAUAUCCGGUGGCGCCAUGGCGCCAGGCACCUCGGACGGCACCUACAGCGUCCAGAGUGACGUCUGGAGCUUGGGCCUGACAAUCAUUGAGUGCGCCAUGGGCCAGUAUCCAUACCCGCCCGAGGCCUCGUCCACCAUUUUUAGCCAGCUGAAUGCGAUUGUGGAAGGCGAGCCUCCGGCCAUGCCCGAAGAAGGUUACAGCGAUCUAGCAAAGGACUUUGUCAAGGGCUGUCUGCACAAGAUCCCCAAAAUGCGCCCGACAUACGCUGCACUGCUCAAGCAUCCCUGGAUCCAGUCACUGUCAAAACCCGAGACGAUCGAUGAAGUUGCGGAAGAAGGCGAGGCCGCAGACAAGGUGGCCGAGGCGGUGGGCCACAUGGAUCUCAGCUCGGGCACUGAAGAUGCCGAGGUCGCUGAAUGGGUCAAGUCUGUUCUGAAGAAGAACGCAGAGGGGCAGAAUGGGGACGGUCCUACCAAGCCGGCACUCCAUGCCGCGCCGCUGGACAGCGUCAGCCCCUUGGGAAGUCCGAUUCUGCACCAAGGCCGAUGA